AUGAGUAAUAGCAGUGAUGAGACCAACAUCUUCCUGUCAACCAUAUCUGUAGAGGAAGAUAUUUUCUUUGGAAUAAUUUAUUCUAUAUAUGGUAUCUUAUCUCUGCUUGGAAACGGUAUUCUUUUGUUUAUUGCCCUCAGGAAAAGACACAUGCUUAAACCGGCUGAAUAUUUCAUUGUAAACUUAGCCAUCAGUGACCUUUCAAUGAUCAUAACUCUAUUACCACUGGCCAUUCCAUCAUUGUUUGCACACAGAUGGUUGUUUAGUCAAAGGUGGUGCAAUUUUUAUGCCUUCUGUGGUGUGUUAUUUGGUGUCUGCAGCCUUACUAAUCUGACGAUGUUAAGCAUUAUCUGCUGUAUGAAGGUCUGUUACCCUCUAUAUGGUAACAGAAUUACAUCAGAAUUUGCUUGCCUCCUGAUGACCUCUGCUUGGGCAUAUGCUUCAAUAUUUGCCAUUUCUCCUCUGGUAGAAUGGGGCCAUUAUGGACCAGAGCCUUACGGGACUGCUUGCUGUAUAGAUUGGAAAGCACCAAAUUCAGACUUUCAGGCAAUGUCCUACAUCAUUGUACUCUUCGUCUUUUGCUACAUUGUCCCCUGUGGUAUAAUCAUGACAUCGUACACACUCAUCCUGCUAACGGUAAAUGGUUCAAGAAGAGCAGUGCAACGGCACAUGUCCCCACAAAGAAACUUAAACAAUGCCCACAAGUUAAUUGUAAAGUUGAGUGUUUCUGUGUGCAUUGGAUUCUCAGCAGCAUGGACACCAUAUGCAGUAACAGCCACAUGGGCAGCAUUUGGCAAUGCUGACAAGGUUCCGCCAUUAGCAUUUGCUCUGUCUGCUUUAUUUGUAAAGUCUUCAACACUAUAUAAUCCCUUUGUCCACCUUGUAUUUAAACCAAAUUUUCGGAAUUUUCUAAGGAAAGACUGGGCACAUUUACUCAGUCUCUGCAGGAAACAGUGUGGACAAUGGAACAAUGAAGUGGGCCUUACUUUACAAACAGCUUGUGAUCAGAUUACGUUGAAUUCCUUCAGAGAUCCAAACAGACUUGCACAUGGACAUGAUGCCUGCAAUACAUGCAAAGACACAUUUGAAUAUUUCAGUAACAAUAUAAAAUCUCAAGAUUCAGAGGGAUUGACAUCCAAAGCUGAUCUUCUUAUUGCAAGUGAUGAUAGUCAAGUACACAGGACCACCAAAGUACCUACACUGGUGAUGCUAACUGGAAGCAUAGCAUCUCCAAUCAAUAAUAUUGAAGUAUCAAUAAACGUAUUGCCCAACAAGCAGACCAACGAUCUCACUUAA